AUGACGGACAAAGACUGGGACACGUCCGUCCAGUUCCUUCCUGCGUCAGAUAACAAGAAGUUUGAGAAGAAAAAGGGUCCUGGAAAAGUCGGCGCUGUGAUCGGUGUGAUCAUCUUUGCUGCCGUUGUUGCUCUUAUGACCGGACUGCUGGUCUGGCAUUUCCACUUCCGUAAAGAUGUGCGGGUCAAGAGGAUGUACAGCGGCUCCAUGCGGAUCACCAACCAGGUGUUUGAAAACUCCUACGAGAACUCAAACAGCUCCGAGUUCAAGGCGUUGGCGAAGCAAGUGACGUCCCAGCUUAAAGCCAUCUACUCCAGGAGUCCACAGCUGGCCAAGUACUAUGUCGGUUCUACAGUUCAAGCUUUCAGUGAAGGAAGCGUCAUCGCCUACUACCUGUCGGAGUUCGCAGUCCCAAGCGGUCAAGAGGCAGCGGUCGACAACGUCAUGUCUUCAAUGGAGAAGCUGGUGGACAAAGAGCAGCGCACCCUGCACAGACCUGGCAACUCUCUUGUCCUCGACGAUGUGGUGUCUUCAGUACUUGAUUCUCGCCUCUUGUUGACAUCAUUCAGCAAGUUUUACAGAUAUUCAGAACAUACAAAGACCAAUCACAUAGGACAGAUCCAGUCCCCGGGCUUCCCCAACAGUCCUUAUCCCCCCAACACCUUCAUCCAGUGGCAGCUCAGAGCGGACCCCAACUAUGUCAUCAAGCUGGAGUUUGACACCAUGAAUUUGGAGGAGGACUGCAGGAACGAUUUCGUCAAAAUCUAUGACUCCCUGGUGGCCAUCGAGAGCCGCGUCAUGGAAGAGAUGUGUGGUUACUAUUCUCCCAGUGAACCUCUGACCUUUCUAUCCUCUGGUAAUGUCAUGCUGGUGACGAUGGCCACAAACGAGAGAGCCAACUACCCAGGUUUUAGAGCAAAAGUCUCACAAAUGCGGAGCGGAAGUAAAGGCACAACGUGUGGCGGCCAGCUGAAAGGCGAAAAAGGCACCUUCUCUUCUCCCAACUUCCCAAAUUACUAUCCUCCCCGAAUGUCUUGCCAGUGGUCAAUUGAGGUCCCUGUUGGAAAGGCAGUGAAGGUGACAUUCAAGAAGUUCCUCUUGUCCGAGCCUGGGCAGAAAAACAGCAAAGACUGUCGUAAAGACUACCUGGAGGUCAACGGAAAGAAGCUGUGCGGAGAACAUCCCGACGGCACGGUAACGGAAACCAGCAAGACCAACACGAUGAGUGUGGUGUUUUUCUCCGACGCCUCCUAUGUGGACCGAGGUUUCAACGCAACGUAUGAGACCAUCGACGUCAAAGAUCCUUGUCCGAAGCAGUUCAUGUGCAGCAACCAGCGCUGCGUUAAGACAGAUCUCAGGUGUGACGGCUGGAACGACUGCGGAGACAUGAGCGAUGAGUUGAACUGCAAGUGCAAAUCAGAUAGUAUCAACUGUAAAAAUGGACUGUGCAAGCCUAUGUUCUGGAAGUGUGACGGCGUAGACGACUGUGGAGACCGCACAGAUGAGCUCGACUGUGGUGGGUGCAAGUCUGGACAAGUGACUUGUAAGAAUGACAGGUGUGUCUCUGAGAAAACUCGCUGUGACGGGAAGGACGACUGCGGGGAUGGGUCCGAUGAGCUUGACUGUGGCAGAUCUUCUGACAUCCACUGCACUGAUCUUACUUAUAAAUGUAAAAACAGAAAGUGCAUAAGCAAAGUGAACCCAGAGUGCGACGGCACACAGGACUGCGACGACGGCUCUGACGAGGAGAACUGUGACUGCGGGAGGAGCAUGUUCAAGACGUCCCGUAUCGUGGGCGGCCAGGAUGCAGAGGAAGGGGAGUUUCCCUGGCAGGUCAGCCUCCAUGUGAAAAAUUACGGCCAUGUGUGCGGAGCAUCUGUCAUCAGUCCGCGCUGGCUAGUCACCGCUGCUCACUGUGUGCAGGACGACGGCAAGACGAGAUACUCUCAGCCCGGAACUUGGGAAGCGUACCUUGGCCUCCACAUCCAGCAGAAGAUCGGAAGUGCCGUGGUGAAGAAGAACCUGAAGAAGGUCAUUUCGCACCCCAACUACAACGAAUUUACCUUCGACAAUGACAUCGCCCUGAUGGAGCUGGACAGUCCGGUCACGUUGUCCGACUACAUCAGGCCCAUCUGCUUGCCAUCUCCGCAGCAUGACUUUCCAACCGGUAACACUGUGUGGAUCACCGGGUGGGGUGCCACUCGAGAAGGAGGAUUUGCUGCACCGGUGCUCCAGAAGGCCCAGGUCCGAAUCAUUAACCAAACUGUGUGUGAUAAAUUAAUGGGAGGGCAGCUCACCUCUCGGAUGUUGUGUGCUGGAGUCUUGACCGGAGGAGUCGACGCUUGUCAGGGGGACUCUGGCGGCCCUCUGUCCAGUCCGUCUGGCAGCCGCAUGUUCCUGGCAGGCGUGGUAAGUUGGGGUGACGGCUGCGCCCGCAGAAACAAACCUGGCAUCUACACAACGGUCACUAAAUUCCGUGGCUGGAUCAAAGAAAAGACAGGAGUCUAAAAUCACUGUGAAACAGUCAAACUAGACCAGGGAUAUGGACAUAAACAUGUGCUGAGGAGAGGUACCACAGCACAGACUGUUGCCCCAAUAGAACAUCAGUCUGACUUUCCAGCUGCUGUACGACACUCAGUCAAGCUGAUGAGGAAAAUGCUUGAAAAGCAAUUGCAACAUGUCCACUGGCAUUUUUUAUUUUUACGGUCAGGGUUGAUGAAAUGUUUUUAAAUGUAAAUAAGUGUGUCAUUUUUUUGUGUUUUGUUUUUAUUGUUAUUUUAGUUUGUUUUGAUGGAGAACAAUGUUAUCUGCUGCACAAUUGGUAGAUUUCAGGUGUGAUUGUUACACAUGUGCACAUAGGAAGGGUACGUCCACGUACUCUGUUGUCCUGCAUUCUAUCAGAAGCCAUCAUAUAAAUGUCCCGCCACCUUUUUCUUGUUGUCUUUGUUCUAAAUUUUAUAAAUUAAAGACAAAGUGACAACAAGCUCCUCCCACCUUACCUCCUAUGGCUUGGUAUCAUAUGCAGCCAUCUCCUCAUCAUGGAUGGUAUUUUAACAUUUUAACUGUGUGUCUAUCAGAAUAAAACCCAGAGUAGCAUAUUGGGUUUUAUUUCAGUUUGAAUCUUCCGUGUUUCAUCUGCUAAUGUGACCUUUUCCGACACAAUAUUGGAACAACGUGUCCUUUUAAAAUCUGUGUAAAUGUGUAUAUCAGAUGUUUUUCAAUAAAAUAUUUCUAAUUUAA